AUGGCUGAGGAAUAUGACUAUAUCGUAGUCGGCGCAGGCAUCGGUGGCCUUGUCCUGGCCAAUCGUCUAAGUGAGGAUGCUUCCGCCAAGGUCUUGCUGAUCGAGGCUGGGCCCAACCGAACGGGAGACCCUCGGAUCGAUACUCCUGGUUUCCUGGCCACCCUCUAUGGCGAUCCAGUCUAUGAUUGGAGCUAUAUGAGCGUUCCCCAGUUGGCCGAUGUAGAUGUUAACGGCGCUCAGGAAAAUGUAAACAAUCGCCAAAUUGGACAGUCUCGCGGCCGCGUGGUCGGUGGCUCCUCUGCAAUUAACUUCUCGGUGGUCAUGUAUCCCACCAAGUCAAACUGGGAGUCGUGGAAGGCCCUCGGCAACGAAGGGUGGGGUGCAGAGGAUCUGGCACCUUAUCUGCGAAAAUUCCAUACCUAUUCUCCUCCCAGGGAGGAGACCGCCAAUCUCAUCAAGACAAGCCGAUACAUGAAGCCCGAGAACCAGGGAUCAAAUGGCCCGGUUCCCGCAACCCAUCCCGAUGUGUAUGGCCCAUUCAAUAAGGCCUGGGAUGAAACAUUUGCCGCGCUUGGAUGGGAGACAGAUGCCGAUCCCAUCCUUGGCGAGAAGCUAGGAGGCUUCACUUGUCCUCUGACGAUUCAUUCCAAGACGGGGAAGCGAGGCUAUGCUGCGGACUACUAUACACCUGAUGUCGCAGCUCGACCAAAUCUGAAACUCCUGGCAGAGGCUCCUGUCCAGAGGGUUCUUCUUUCUGAGGACAAUGGCAGCAUCGUGGCAACUGGUGUUGAAGUCAAGACCAAGGACGGCUCGCGUGCCAUUCAUGCGAAGAAAGAAGUGAUCAUCUCCGCCGGAAGUCUUAACUCACCUCAAAUCCUAGAACUCUCUGGAAUUGGAAACAAGGAGCUGCUUCAGAAGCAUGGAAUCCCAGUGGUCAUUGACAACCCUGCAGUUGGCGAGAACCUGCAAGAUCACCCCGAAGCCACAAUCAACUUCGAAGUUGCGGAGGGUCAAGUCUCAGGAGACAUCAUGCGCGAUCCAAAUGUGGUUCAGAUGGUUUCUAAGCUCUAUGAAGAGACCGGAUCUGGUCCUCUCUCUGGUAUGCCUGUGAGCAUGGCCUACCUACCAUUAGUUGAUGGCAAAGGUGCUGUUUCCAAAAACGACAUCGAGGCUCUCCUUUCCAAGUACCUGGACAAUGAGGAUAUCUCGCCUGCUUUGAAGGUUCAGUAUGCUCAUCUACGCCAAAUCCUUAUGGACAGCAAAGAUACAUCGAGUCAAUACCUCUUUCUCCCCUGUCAGAUCAACAUGCGUCCAGACCAGACAGCCAUGUCCGACGUCGUCGCCAUUUCUCUCCCUGAGAACUAUGUCACUAUUAUGGCGAUCCACAAUCACCCCUUCUCUCGAGGAUCAGUCCAUAUUGCUUCCGCGAACAUCGAUGACAAGCCUAUUUACGACCCCAAGUACCUUGAUCAUCCGCUCGAUCUGGAGAUCAUGGCGAGACAGAUGCAGUUCAUAGACCGCAUCGUCAAGUCUCAGCCUUUUGCCUCUCUAAUCAAGCCAGGUAAAACUUGGCCCAGGGCUGCAAACAACUUGGACGACCUAGACCAUGUGAAGGAGCUGGUGAAGGAGCGUUUGUUCACAGCUUUUCAUCCCGCAGGGUCGUGCGCCAUGCUACCAAAGGAUAUCGGUGGUGUCGUGGACUCGAAGUGUAAGGUUUACGGAACAAAGAACCUGAGGGUUGUUGACGCCAGUAUCUUCCCGCUGGAGCCGGCUGGAAACAUCCAAGCCUGUGUCUAUGCGGUUGCAGAGCGGGCCGCUGACCUGAUCAAGGAAGAUAAAUAG